AUGAGUAAUAUAUACGUGAACGAACCAGCAACAAGCGGCAAGGUUUGCAUGAAAACAACAGUUGGUGAUAUUGAUAUCGAAUUGUGGUCCAAAGAAUGUCCACUGGCAUGCCGAAAUUUCAUCCAGUUAUGCAUGGAAGGUUACUAUAAUGGUACUAUAUUUCAUCGGGUAAUACCAGAUUUUAUCGUUCAAGGAGGCGAUCCAACGGGUACUGGUGAAGGAGGUGAAAGCAUUUAUACCGCUUCAUUCAAGAAUGAGUUCCACCAACGGUUGAAGUUUAAUCGUCGUGGUCUUGUCGGAAUGGCCAGUGGAAAUGAUGGCCUGAAUGGUUCACAGUUCUUUUUUACUUUAAAUGCAACACCGGAUCUCAACAAAAAACACACUCUUUUUGGAAAAGUCGUUGGUAAUACACUUUUCAAUAUGUUACACCUGGGAGAAUGUGCAACAGGAGAAGAUGAUAAGCCGCUUACGAAACAGAAAAUAUUGCAAGUGGAAAUACUGAAUAAUCCAUUCAGUGAUAUUGUUCCACGGGAAAAAAAGAAAGAUAAGAGAAAGAAGGAAAAAAUUCGGGAAAAAAAAGAUGCUAAAAAGAAUCUUACUCUUCUUUCAUUUGGUGAUGAAGCCGAAGAAGAUGAAAUAAAAUUGCUGGAAGCGAACGAAAAAUUAAAAUGUAAGAGUAAAAGUGCACAUGAUAUAUUGGCUGAUGAAACGCUCAGUAAAGAAUUGGCUGUUCCGAUGGAGGAACUCACCGAACCGUCAAGUGCACCGGAUAUCGAAGAUAAUGAAGAAAGAGAAACACAGAUGGAACGGAUUAGAGAAAAACUGAAAAAGCGUAAGCGUAAAGCUACCGGUGAUGAUCGAGGCGAUGAGGAAGAUGAAGAUUUUGAAUCGAUGAUCAAACAAGAGAUGAAUGAUCGUCAAAAGAAGGAAUUAGAAAAAAUCACUGCAGAAGUAAAAUUAGUGCAGAAAGAUUUGAAAGCUAUGCUUAAGCCGAAGAAAGAAAAGGAAGAAAUAGAAGAAGAAAAAUUACUAACGGAAGCAACAAAGAAACACCUCGAAAUGAAGCAAAAAUUCAGGGAAAAUGCAAAAGUUAAGCUGAAAUCAAAGGAUCCACGACGGCAAGAUGAGACUAUGUCAAUGCUUGAAAAAAUUUUGGCGGGACACGAAGGUAUGAAGUCAGUCAUCUCUGUAAAAACAUCAAAUUCGGAAAAAGAAGAGAAAGAGCGGGAAGUAUCAGUUGGGAAGCUUAAUUACGAUAAUGAAGAAGAUUUAGAUACUGCAGAAAUUUUGAUACAUAAAUUCGUGGCGCCUGAAGAAGAUAGUAAAGUAAGCAAAGCGAAAGAUGCAAAUCUACGAGAAGAAAGUGAAGAUUGGUACGAUAUUAUGGAUCCGCGGAAUAAAAUAAAUCAGCGGAGGAGAGGAGUUGUAUAG